AUGCCGUUUCAACUCUUUCUGGAGAAGAUGCGACAGCCUUUAGCGGCAGAAUUAGUCAGCGGAAUCAAGCACUUCAUAAACACUUUCGUUUUAGAAGAAGACAAAGAAGAAGGGAAAGAAGGAGAAGAAGAAGGAGGAGGAAAGAAGAAAAAUAAACAAAGAGAUUCGGCGAAAGAUUCGGAGAAAAUUCAACGGUUUCUGAGAGCGUACGAGGAGAAGUUUCGGAGACACUCGCUUUGGAGAAACUGCUCUCCGGAGGAAGUUGAGGCAUCCACGGAAGGAUUGGAGAAAUACGUGUGCACUAAGCUGUACUCGACGAUAUUCGACGCGUACGGGGAGGAAGACGACGCGAUUAACGACGCUUUACAAAAGCGCGUCGAAGCGUUGCGAAAUCUACCGCUCACGCCGGAAAUGUUGGACGUUUCGAGGAAACAGUUUUUGCUGCUCGGCGAAGAAGAAGAAGAAGGAGGAGGAGCGGACGAAAGUAAUGGUCAACCCGCCGUCGGAGAUGGAAUGCCAACGACCCCGACUUCUAGCAGCAGCAACGACGAGAAUAAUAAUAAUAAUAAUAAUAAAAGUCCACAUCAAAACAACAACAUCCCGAAAAGUUUACGGCUGGCAUCCAUGGAGCUGGAGAAAAUGAACACGUACAAAGCGCCGAGAGAUAAGAUGAAUUGCGUAUUGAACGCGUGCCGAAUCAUUAGUAACGCGGUGUUGCGAUUUUCAGGCGGGGCGGAUGCUUUCAUACCGUCCCUCAUAUAUUCUUUAGCGCACGCAAACGUCCAAAACUUAUGGAAGAAUAUCAAAUACAUAGAAAGAUUUAGACUUCGAGAUAGACUAGAACAAGGCGAGGCGGCGUAUUUCUUCAUCAACGUCGAGAGUGGUGCGCGAUUUCUAGGCACGUGUGGUAAAGAACAGCUGAACAUAUUCUCCGACGAAAAAGACGACGCGUUUCCGGAACCGGUCGAUGGACUUUUAGUUUCUUUCAGCGCUUCGAGAGAAUUAGAAGAAGAAGAAGAAGAUAAUGAAGAAGAAGAAGAUAAAAAGCAAGUGGCGCGUAGUCAUCAUCUCACCACCCCUGAACAACCGAAGACGCCACCAUUCAAUGGAUUUGUUGUUUCCAAUGGUGGUGGUGGUGGUGGUGGUGGUGGUGGUGGUGGUGGUGGUGGUGGUGGUGGUGGUCAGAACGAUGACGAUACCGGUACUCCUCCUUUGGCGACGAUGAACAUACAUAACGAAAUCGAGAUAAUAGAAACCAUGGGCGCGUCGCUGAGUUUAAGCAACGAAAGCGAUUAUCACUUCAUCAACGCCGACCACGAGCAUUUAACCAUUGGCGAUAUAAAAACGCUUCUGAUAUCGUACAAAAAUUUAGCGAACAAGUACGAGGCUUUGAAGCGCGGGAUAGAGAUGAAGUUGCGGGAAACGCGGGAAAGCGGCGAUUCGUAUUCUUCUUUACUAACGGCUGCGGAGGAGGCAGAUGAUGAAAAUGACGACGAGGAGGAGGAGGAGAAGGGUGAUGUUGUUGUUGCGACUACAACAUCGAUAACAACAUCACCUGCUGCACCACCGUCUUUGCUGUAG